AUGGCGGCGAAAUGUGGAGAAGUUGUUUUCAAGGCUGGCGAGGUAUGAGAUAACAGAUUUUAGAAAUAUCUCAACAGUUAUGUUUGUAUUUUGUGUCGCUUCUUUAUAUUCGUUUAUCAAAUUUAUUUUGAGGGUAUAAACUUUGGGCACACUGUGCUCUUGUCAAGACGUAACUUUUCAUUUAGCCAUAGUCCGCCGUCUGUUCUUAUAAAUCUUUUCAUCCCCUGGUGGUUCUUGAGUUUUAGCGGUUAUUAAUUUAAUGUUAUUUAUCUCUUACUUUGCUUUGAAGUGUCACCUGUCAUGUAGCACUGAAUUGCUUUGCCUUGCUGGUGACCGCUAUUUAACCAUUAAAAACUCCCAUCGUCGCGUUUUAUUUUAUAUCAAGUCAAGGGAAAGAUGUAAACUUAUGCUAAGAUUCUAUUGCUCAGGUUUUCUCCGUCAAGUCAUCAAAAAUAAAAAUUAAAAAAAUCGAAAUUCUUCAAUAAAUAAAUCCAGAAUGAAAAUGAAGAUAAAUAUGCAAACAGCAGCCUAGACAGGGUUUAAGCCUAUGUUUUUUUUAUAUGCAAAUUAACUGGAAAAAUGUUUUACCCAAAUUUAUAGAGUUUUGUUUGGAGUUGCCAUUUUGUUGUCCCUCUCAGGGUCACCAGUAUGGACCAAUAUGGCAGCUGGAAGCCAACACAAACAUCUGUCACUGAGUUUUGCUUUGGAAGCAUGAAUUUAUCACUGCAAAUUGAAGCUUCAACUUCCCCUCCCAGGGAUCAAAACCCCCCUGUGCUUUUAAAUUUUUUAAAUUGAAAAUUUGAACAGUAACUAUACUAUCUUUUAACUACCAAUGUAGCUUUUCUAAAUACUCUUGGAGAGCCGAGUCUGCAGAAAGAGGAAAGCUUGUAUAAUCCUUUCCCGACUCGUCAUGUUGUCCUACACGAUGAUUUAUCACACCUUUUGCUGGCAGCAAGAUAGAUCACAAGAAGUUAAGGCUAGGGUUAAAAUUCCCCAUCCCCUGUCCCUCAAAAAAAAUAAAUAAAUAAAUAACCUUAAGUCCCUGAAUUUGGAUUCUUUGUGUUUGCACUGGCAUGCUAUAGGUCACUAUGUUUAACUAAUGCAAUAAUAAUAUAAUAUGUAAAUUGAUUUUAUUGAGUAACACAUCUGAAAUUAUUUUUUUAAGGAUGGCAAUGAGUCAGAUAUCUGGGAUGAUACUGCCUUAAUAGAAGCGUACGAUCGAGCAAUAAGUGCUAUAAAGGUAUGGUAGUUAAAGACUCAGUUGCUUUUAUUAAUUUUGUAAAAUUAAUCUAAAAUUUUCACUUGGAGUGUUACUGCUUCCCAUUGGGAUUCUCCUUAAGGUAGCUUUGGCUUUACUGCGGCCAGUUCCCAUUAUAAACACAAAAUAUUAUUCAUUAAAAAACAAAAACAAAAACAUAGGAAAUCAGUUGAACUAUACCAUUUUUGUCUGGUGCAGAUUGAAGUUUCUGAAAAAAGCAAUUUUUUCUGACCUAAGUUUCCAUACUAAUGUGAUGAUGUCAUUGUCAGUAAAAUAAUGCUGUCAAGUUUUGAGAUUUCUACAUGUUCAUUUUUCAAGUUAUUCUUGUAAUAUUAUCUUAAGUUGCACUAAUUCUAAAGUAAUUCUUUAAAAGAAGAGUUAUUCAGAAGGAGUCAGAGUAAAUUUUAAAAGUUACAAUGGUAUUCAGUAUUUUUGUUUGUUUUGCCAUGAAAAUGAACAGAAAGGAGGAAAGAAUGGUGGUUCAAAGAGUAAGGGCAAUGGAAAACACAGGUAUGAAGCAAACCAAAAGUGUGUGUCAGUUGUUAUAAUAGCCCUCCAUUUAUUUUGUAAAAACGAUUGUUUUCAAAACUUUUUUGGUUGUCUUGAAGGUGAAACACUGUUGAGAUUUAUGUUGAUUGAUGAAUUAUUAUUUUUAAAAGGAAAAACCAAGCUUCAAAAAAGAAGGACAAUAAAAAGAAGGCUGCAGAACAGGUAACACUUUUGUUUCUCAGCGGCAAAAGACAGUACUGUUUCAUUUUAAAAUAUUUAAAAAUUCAAAUGUCCAGCUCAACAGAUUAUUACUCUCAGCCAGGGAAAGGAAACAAAGAAUAAUUUUUAAUGCUGCUUGUACUUCUUGAAUGUUAAAAUAAUCUGUUACUUGUACUUGCAUGCCAACACGUCUUGAAGAGGAAAUGCGUGCGACCAUUCAAAUUUCAAUUAGUAUUGUUGUGAAGUAGAAUCCCUCCUUUCUUGUUUUUAUUUUGUUACCAGUACUUUCAGAAGAUAUGUGGGCUGAGAUGCAAUUUUGUCUGGCAUAAUAACGCCCAGUCUUUUUUGAGAUUUUCUUCAUCAGACAACUCUUUUCUAAUAAUAAUUAUAUUGUUAACCUGUGUGGCUGGUGGAAAAAGAGGAAGGGGAGGGGGAGAUAAUUUGUCACCUACUUAUUUUUUUUUGUCUCUGUUUUAAAUUUUCUGGUAAGAGGACCCUGAGUAGUGGUUGAGUAAAUACAAAGUAAUUAGCAUAGUCACAAGUGAGGCCUUGUUAAAGUAAAAUUCUGACAAGCAAUGUGGCCCUGAAACAGACUUAUAAAUUAAAGAGUGAUGAAAUGCUGACAAACAACAUAAUUAAGUGGAUUGAAACUCUGAUGGUGACGAGGACAAUCCCAAAUACAGCGUUCAAUACCAGUACUAAAAUGCUGAGAGGGAUAUAGCCUCCUCCUCAAUGCGUAAAACAAAAUUUAAGGUAGGGAUAUAUGCCCCUGACCCCUUGUAGAGAGCCUCACAAAUAUAAAAAUGCUUUUAUCAGCAACUAAGACAUUCUUUAUUCACUAUUAAAAAUCAAUUAUAUUUUCAGUGGCAUGUUGGUGAUAGUUGCCGAGCUGUUUUCUCAGAGGAUGAACUAAUCUAUGAUGCUGUAAUAAUUUCAAUUGAUGCCAAUUCCAAAACUUGUGUGGUAAAAUUUUGUGGGUAUGGUAAUACAGAAGAACAGUACUUAGAUGAUUUACUACUACCCAUAUCUAAGAAGAACAGAAAGCCUCCAAAACACUCUAGUAGUCAACCUGCCUGGCCGACAUCCCCAGGACAACAGGUAAUAAUAAUAAUUAAUUUUUAUGUAACAUUGCAUUUGGAAGAAAAGUCAAGUAACUUUUUAUAACAUAACGCGUCAUUAUGACCCGUUAUCCAGCGGUUAGACUGUCAAUCUUUAGUGUCAAGGUUACUGGCCCAAAGCCAAGUGUUACCUCCAUGACAACUUGUUCUAAAAUUUGUCCAGUUUCUUCUGACAAGAAGACAAGACAGUGUUAAAAUUAUUGGGUAUCUUGUGAACAGGCUUAUUACCGUAUUUUUUUAUUCAGCCAUAAACUGAGACCCUAAACUUUGAAUGUGUAGUCACUAGAAUCAGCAUAACCAAGAAUGAAAAACAAAUCGAAAACACCUGGCUAUAAUCUGAGACCCAUUCAUUACAAGACUUUAAACUACAGUAAAACCUAAUACUUUUUUAAAACAUGUGACCUUCCCCCAUGAAAAAGUUCAUUAAGGCUGCCCAUUCUCUUGCUUUAUUGUAGAUACCUUGUUCGCACCAGUAAACAGUGCAAAAACUGGGUGUAACUAGCAUUUCCCUAUCAUUUCACCUUGUCACAAAUUUUUUUCUGAUUUACAAAUGAAAUGUAUUAGUUCAUGGGUAGGGUGGAUAUCAAAGGGGAAAUCUGUCAUAAAAGAAAUAAACAGCAACAACAACAACAAAAGCCUGGUUCUAGUCUCAUGAUACCAAUAUGGGACAUCGUUCAAAACAGCCUUAUAUCUAACAUUCAGUGCCCAGUAAAACUCUCUAGUUUGUUGUCAGUUGAUGGCAGUCACAUCCAGCAUUAUAUUUUAUCCAGCUGGCUGUUGUCUGGAAAAGAUAUCAUUCCAGCAGUUUCUUGGUGAAGGUCUUGGACAAAGGUGUUAAUAAAUAAAGUUAAUGAUAUGUUAUUCUUUCAGAAUGCAGAUAGUGAAAUGGAUUGGACAGCAGGCAGCCAGUCACCUAUAAGAUGGCAGAUUAGUGACUUGUGUCUUGCUCCAGAACAACCCAGCCAGCACCUUCAUGAAGCUGUAAUCAACUCUUUCUCUACACCAUACACCUGCAAGGUUACUUUCCUCAGAUCCAGACAACGGUAAAGCUUUAAUGUUGUUAUUAAAUCUAACAGAUUGUAAUAGUUGAAGCUCUCGUAAGCGAUGGCCACAGAAAUUCAAACAAGUGGUCAUAGAGAUGGUUGCUUACGAGAAUGAGCUCUCGUAAGUGACCGCAUGGUAAUACGAUAGAGGGUGGUUGCUUUCAAGAGCUUCAGAAAUUUGUUAAUAAUUCAUAAAGAAAAAACAAAAUAAUUAGUUUUUAAUGAGUGUCUUUAUAUCUGAUAUAGACACAACUAAACUAUACAUCCAAUUUUUUAGACCAUUAGCGCAGUGUGCAGUUUUAUUAGAGUGUUGAUUUAUGUGAAUAAGACUAUGAGUGGUCACUGAGUGGUCGCUUACAAGAGCCUAAAAACAAUGGAAAAGUCCAGUUGGGUAAUCCCAAAAGUGGUCGCAGUCCAUUAUGAGAGCUUUCAUUACAAAGUUUAAGUCACAGAUCAAAAGGGGUUUUAAUUCAUAAAAUGUAGUCAUAACUAGAGCCGGUCGCAAGGAGAGCUUCAGCUGCACUAGUAGCUGCCUAUUUUUUACUGGGUAAUUGUUAAUGUUAAAAGCACUGGCUCCUGGAUGAAGAAUCAGUGUUGCUGUGGGAGGUUAGAGCACUAGACUUACUAUCCAAGGUUAGUCCCUGAGGUCAAAUCCCCUUCUGACCAAUAGCUAGAUUUGUUUCUUGGUGUCAAUAGUCCUGAGUUCAACUCCUAGGUCACAAUAGCCAUUCUAACUAGUUUGCCUCUAGUCUGCGAAUAUAGCUGUCUCUCCUUGCACCUCACCACUAGGAACAUUUCACAGGAGAUGUCUGCCUCUUUACGAUAGAAAUUCCCUACUGUUGUAAAAUCUGGCCAGGAGCUCUGAUUGGCCGAUGUAGUACAUUCAUUUGAUUUAUGUCAUUAGUAUGGAGCUUCUGUUGUUUAGGCAUAUAUGUCUGUCCUACAAAAUGUCUCUAGUACCGAGAAGUAAGGAGAGACAGCUCUAUUCGCAGCCUAGUUUGCCUCUUAUCAGUAAGGAUUUUUUAAAAAUUUUAAUUGAAUCAUUUGUUUCAGUUAUUUACUCAGCCCUAUUUAUAAUUUUUAUGAUAAUUACUGUAAAGGGUACCGGUAAUUAUAUAAAGAUUAUCUAUUUAAAUUAUUUAUUGCUUUAUGCCAUACUUUUUCAGACAAGAUGUUGAUGUGUCAACACUGAAGCCGUCACAGCCAUCUCAUCAUCUGAGGAAUCAUCAUCGUCAUCAUCAUCAUCCUUACACCUCUGAACAAAGAUACCCUAUGUCAGGAUCUCCAUUUUCUAGUUAUCCAUUGUCUUCAAACUAUAACCCUUCUGUAAGUGAUGUGAUCACUUUGUAAAGCUUAUCAUAACUGAUCAGCCAAUUUAAUAUUAUGCUCAUAGUAUCUCAGUAAGUGAAUUUUAACCUUGAAGUCUAGUCACAUUGGCUGUUUAGGUAACAAGUUGGUUGAUUAAAGGAUUAUUUUUUGGGAAGGUGGGGGCGGGGAGUCUAAACCUCCUGCCUCACAUACCUUGCAUCCCUGGCUUCUUCCCUUUUUAUCUUGGCUUCUUCCACCUUUUUUGGUGGCAAAACACAUCAUAUUUAGUAUUCUGGCAUAAUAAAAAUUAUUUAAUUCUCCCGCUUCCCAUUCUUUUAGACUCCCACCUCCUCCCUUUCCUCUCCAACUUCCCAUAGCCCUCCUGCUGCUGUUCUCCACGGCUCCCAGCCCCCCUGUCCUCACCCACUAUUUUAGGGGGGUAAACUGAUAGCCUUGUCCUGGUUUUAGGAAGAGGUGAAGCUGUAUUCUGCUAAAACCUUUGCUAACUAUUUAUUACCUCAAGUGUUUGCAACACUAAGCAAUCAAGAGCAAACUCUGCUCCUCAGCCGGGUAUGCUCUGUACAACAUAGUCAUCUAAUAUCAAGGAGGAAGCAGAGUGGUCAAGCGGUUAGAGCGCUGGACCUGCAAUUCGGAGGCCCCGAGUUCAAGUUCUUCCCUGACCGCUAGCUGGAUUUGUUCACGGUAGUCCCGAGUUCAAAUCCUCGACCACGCCUGUAAAUAGCCAGCUGAAUUUGCCUUCAGCCAGUUGAGACUCUUAUCCCUGUUAUGUUUGAUUUGGACUAUUUGUUUCCAUCAAUUGCUCAGCCUCUCUAGCAUAACUGCUAUAAAUACUGCAGAGGGUAAACAGAGGAAUUAUUAUUCAUAUUUAUAAUAUUAAGUCUGGUUACUAACCAUUCGUUUGUAUAAUUUUGCUCCUUCAGACAAACUUCUUCCCUCCUGCUCCUCCACCACCUCUGCCUCCAAACCUUCUGCCUCAUCACUGGCCAACUUUAAAUCCAUCAGGACUUUCACCUUCCUCAAAUACAGUAAGCAUAAUGUUCCUAAACAACAUAUUAUUUAGAUUUAAGUUUUCAAAAUUGUUUGGGCUCUGAAUUUUCUUUAGAAAAAGAGUGUUUUGCCUAAUCGACAGAGGAUGAACUGAUCUAUGAUGCUGUAAUAAUUUUGCCAUGGGCUUGUCUUGGUUUGCAUUCUCAUGGUUAAAUGUUGAACACCAUAUUGCAAAACCUGUAUUUUUGUGGACCCCUCAGCUGACACCUUGUAUUUGGCAAAUUAGCAGUUUUUAUAGGUUUGUACAGAAUAAUUACUAUUUGUAAAAAAAUUCUGUAUUAGCAAACACCCCUGUUAACCCUUUCGCACUCAGAAAUAGCCAGUGUCAAAAUUACAUCUAAAAUUGCCAGUUGAUGUGAAGAUUGAAACACAUGAAUUUCACUGCAGCCAGUAAGCUUGUAUUUUGCUAUGAGAAAUUUGCCAUAAAUAAAAUUUUGCUCUCUUUACUGGUAGUACAUUUAAACAACCAAGCAAUUAAACAGUUAUUGUAUUAUCCUGACCUAUUGUAGUUCCAAUAUGCAUUUUUUUGAAUGGUAAACCACUUUUAUUUUGCCUUGUUUUACAAUAAAAAUUUUUUUCCCUUUCUUUCCCUCCUCCCCCCCCUUUCACCCCCCCCCCCCCGCCCCUCCCCCCCCUUUUCCCCAUACCCCCCCGCCGCUUUUUUCCCACGCCCCCCCCCCCCCCCCCCCCCUGUCCUCUGAUAGCCUUGUCCUGGUUUUAGGAAGAGGUGAAGCUGUAUUCUGCUAAAACUUUUGCUAUCUAUUUAUUACCUCAAGUGUUUGCAACUCUAAGCAAUCAAGAGCAGACUCCGCUCCUCAGCCGGGUAUGCUCUGUACAACAUAGUCAUCUAGUAUCAAGAAGGAAGCAGAGUGGUCAAGUGGUUAGAGUGCUGGAUCUGCAAUUCGAAGGCCCCGAGUUCAAGUUCUUCCCUGACCGCUAGCUGGAUAUGUUCACAGUAGUCCUGAGUUCAAAUCCUCGACCACGCUUGUAAAUAGCCAGCUGGUUUGCCUCGGGCCAGUUGAGAUUCUUAUCCCUGUUAUGUUUGAUUUGAACUAUUUGUUUCAGUCAUUUGCUCAGCCCCACUAGCGUAAUUGCUAUAAAUACUGCAGAGGGUAAAUAAAGGAAUUAUUAUUCAUAUUUAUAUUAUUAAGUCUGGUUACUAACCAUUCAUUGUAUAAUUUUUCUCCCUCAGACAAACUUCUUUCCUCCUGCUCCUCCACCACCUCUGCCUCCAAACCUCCUGCCUCAUCACUGGCCAACUUUAAAUCCAUCAGGACUUUCACCUUCCUCAAAUACAGUAAGCAUAAUGUUCCUAAACAACAUAGUAUUUAGAUUUAAGUUUUCAAAAUUGUUUGGGCUCUGAAUUUUCUUUAGAAAAAGAGUGUUUUGCCUUAUCGACAGAGGAUGAACUGAUCUAUGAUGCUGUAAUAAUUUUGCCAUGGGCUUGUCUUGGUUUGCAUUCUCAUGGUUAAAUGUUGAACACAUUGCAUAACCUGUAUUUUUGUGGACCCCUGAGCUGACACCUUGUAUUUGGCAAAUUAGCAGUUUUUAUAGGUUUGUACAGAAUAAUUACUAUUUGUAAAAAAAUUCUGUAUUAGCAAACACCCCUGUUAACCCUUUCGCACUCAGAAAUAGCCAAUGUCAAAAUUACCCAAAAUUGCCAGUUGAUGUGAAGAUUAAAACACAUGAAUUUCACUGCAGCCAGUAAGCUUGUAUUUGCCAUGAGAAUUUUGCCAUAAAUAAAAUUUUGCUCUCUUUACUGGUAGUACAUUUAAACAACCAAGCAAUUAAACAGUUAUUGUAUUAUCCUGACCUAUUGUAGUUCCAAUAUGCACCUGUGCCUCCUCCGCCUGCACCAGUCAACAAUAGUGAUAUAUCUCAUGACAAUGAUGCACUAGCAAGCAUGUUAAUGGCCUGGUAUUUGAGUGGUUAUCAUACGGGUUACUAUCAGGUGAGAGAUCUUGCAAAGGUACUAACAGGAAAAAAGGGGAAAGAGAGAGAGGCCGGCAUGUUGUGGCCAAGUAGUUACCAUGAAGGCACAGGGAGACCACCCUCUAUUAGUGUGGCCAUUGUUGAUUGAAAUCUGAGCAUCGAUAUUUUGUUCUUCAUAGAAGAAAAUUCAGAUGAACAUUAUGGUGGCUAUAAUUUGGUCCAAAAUGCAGAUUUUAACAUAAAUUGUUUCAAUAAAAGUUUGAAGAAAUUAAUGUUUACUGAGUCAUGAGUCAUUUUUAAGUUCUUUUAAGUGUUAUUUUGGAAGAUGAUUUUUUUGACUUUGGGGUUAGAGCUAAAGAAGGAGACUCCUAACUACCAGAGGGUGGUCUGCCUGUGGUAUAGGUCUUUUCAUCCAGUUAAUAUUAUUUUACAUGACACAAAUAAUCAUUAUGCUAGCCCAAUUCCUCCCUGGACUGUCUACUCUCUUACAUUUUCUACUGCUGACUUCUAUUAUCUUAGCCACUGAAUUGAGCCAGUAGCUGGGCUUUAGCAAUAUCCCUGCUCACCACCUUAACUAUGGUGCAGGUUUGAUUUUCUGUCCUACUGUUCAUUAUAUCAUGAGUUCAGUUUGUUGCUAUUCUGAGCCCUGCUCAAGGGGUUUUCUCCAGUUUUCCUCCUCCAUAAAAAGUAUCAUUUCCACAUUCCAUUCCAUUUCAAUCAAUCAAUCAAUCAACCCUUUCUGUGACCAUUGUACCGCAGUCAUCAUCAUCAUCACCAUCAUCAUGAAGUGAUAAUUUUGUCUCAAAAUUCAGUCUAUCCCACUUGUCCACUUAAUCACAUCCAUCUUCGUCUCUUGUUUUCUUCCUUUUUGUAGGCUAUGCAAAACCUUCGCUGUGGUUCCAGUUUAAGAAACAAUGAAGCUCCAGUGUCUUCAACAGAUUCAGAUGUUAACAAGAAAGAUUCAAGUCAACCACCAACAACAUGAAAAGAUGUGCACUUAUUUAUUACUAUUGUCUUAUAAGAGGGUUUCCUGUAACAUGGUGGACUUAUUUUUUGUAAAGAGGUGUUUGCAGUGAAUAAAUAACUCACAAGAUCUGUCAAACAAUGUUGUAUGUAGGGCUCUGCCUGAUUAGUUCCCAAAUAAAUAAUUAUUUCAAUAACAUUCUUUACAUCCUAAGAGACAGGGUUUAAUGGUCCAUCUCGGUAAUCCAAUCAGAGAUUUUGUAAUGUAUGUUCCUACUCAUGGGAGGAAGAAACCCGGAAGUCAGUGAACCUUGUUUACCAAUAUUAUAUUUAUUGUGUUCUGGGGGAUCCUAAUAAUCUGCUAAAUGACAAUCAGCUGUUGGAGAUGGCUCAAGAGUGCCAUCAAUGGAGGAAACUUGUGGGCGACUGCUGCAAAACCGAAGGAUGAUGAGGAUGAUGAAUCCAAUCAUGUUUAAGUAUUACUGAUAAGGCUUCAUAGGAGUGGGGUUCACAAUAAUAGAGAGCUUUAGAUUUGUGUAGGAGGACUACUUUGAGUACGAGAUUAUACUUCAUUUUUUCGCGUAUUGUCGAAAAACAUUCAACCAGGAAAGC